UUUAAACAUUUGUAUCCCAUGCAGUCCGCUUCUUACUCACGAUUAAACAUUUAAAACAGAAAUAUUUGUAUUUUACCGUGGUCAAUCACAAUUGAUGUAGCUAAACAGGGAUCUGAGUCGAUCGUCGAUAGAGUCGUUCACAUAGUACAGCGAGUUGUGACAGUGCUGAACUCGAGAACUGUCAUCUGAAAAGGAGCGUGCUGCUGAGUGCUCGCGCUUUUAGGAGAGUAUCAACAAGACAGAGAUACCCGGAAGGCACGAAAGUUAAUUUAGGUGACUAGAAUGAAUCGUUUCAAGACCUCCAAAUUCAAAAACACCACCCCGAAGAUCGCCAAGAAAGAUGGCUGGAUCAGUAAUAUCCGGGCAGGAUCCUUCACCUCUCAGGGGAACCACAUCAAAUCCAGCCCCAGGCUUGUGGCCUUCAACACUGACCAGGCCGGUGGAGGAAUGCUCGGCCUCACCUCUGUGGAACCAGGGUCUGAUGGCAAGUGGACAGUGACUCUGAUCCCAUGUCAUGCUGAUCUGAUAACUGAUUUGGACUUCUCUCCGUUUGAUGAUAAUCUCCUGGCUACCUGUUCUGCAGAUGAAACGGUGAAGCUGUGGCGUGUGUGUGAACCAGAACAGGAGCAGCCCGGGGGGGCGGAGGUGACCCUGUGUCCCGGAGAGGGUCGUCUGGAGCUGGUCUCCUUCCACCCCACCUCCUCUGGCCUGCUGGCUGUAGGCUCCACCAAGACAGCCCAGCUCUGGGACGCCAGCCGCCAAAACUCACCGCUAGCAGCUCUGGAGCCGCACGGUGAUCAGCUGCAGAGUCUGAGCUGGAAAGAGGAUGGCUCCCUGCUGGCUUCCUCCUGCAAGGACAAAAAGCUGCGAGUCUUUGACCCAAGAGCCCAGCUGACACCUGUUCAGAGUGCCCAGGGACUUCAGAGUAACAAGGACUCUCGAAUCCUCUGGGUCAAGGAUUCUGACCACAUACUGACCACCGGCUUCGAUCAGAUGCGUGGUCGGGAGGUGAGACUGUGGGACAGUAGGAAGCUGGGAUCCUCUCUGGGCUCUGCCAACCUGGGCACCUCCAACGGGACUCUGAUGCCUUUGUUUGACCCUGACUCAGGUCUCCUCAUAGUAUCAGGGAUGGGUGACAGUGUCAUUGACUGCUUCGAGGUGUCUGCCAGUGAACCAUUCCUUUCCCAAGUAAGCCACUGUCUGACGGACGCCCAAACGCGAGGCGUUGCCAUGGUACCCAAGCUGGCGUUGGAUGUCCUGUCCUGUGAGGUCAUGCGGGUCCUGCAGCUGACAGACAGCUUCAUCGUGCCAAUCAACUACCAUGUGCCCCGCAAGUCAGGACAGGAGUUCCAUGCAGACCUGUACCCAGACACCUUGGGCCGGACGGCAGCCAUGUCAGCUGAGGAGUGGUGGAAAGGUGGCGAGAAACAGGUUGAGAAGGUCAGUGUCAACCCAGCCAAUCGUCGGAAGCCUAACAACGCUAAGCCAGCCAAUCAGACGCCUGCUAAGAAAGAGCUGCCCAGUGGGAGGAGCAAAGAGGAGGCUCCAGUGCGAGGCUGCUCUACCUCCAGCAGUCCCCUGAGCUCCCCCAGCAGCAGUGCUGCCCCGUCCCGCUCCCCCUCCUCCACCUCUGGCCUCUCCUCAGGAUUCCUCCCCAGCCCCAGCCAGAGUGCCAAAGCCAUCAGCAGUAUGUUGGGUCCCAGCAGUAAGUUCCGUCACCUGCAGGGUGUGGUGCUCCACAGAGACACCCACUUCACCAACCUGAAGGGGCUCAACCUCACCACGCCCGGGGAGUGUGAUGGCUUCUGUGCCAACCUCCAUCGCGUGGCCGUGCCCCUCGCCACCGCCGGGGGUCAGAUCGCCAUCUUUGAGUUAUCUCAGGCUGGGAAGCUAGCGGACACAGGCCUGCCCACCAUCCAGAACUCUGUCAACGUGGCUGACUUCUCCUGGGACCCCUUCAACAGUCACAGGCUGGUGGUGGCGGGCGACGAUGCUAAGAUCCGUGUGUGGCAGGUGCCUGAGGGGGGUCUGACAGAGACCCUGACCGAGCCAGAGGCCAUCCUGCAGGGCCACACUGAGAAGAUCUACUCAGUCAAGUUCCACCCCCUGGCGUUGGGCCUGCUGGCAUCCUCCUCCUACGACCAGACUGUGCGCUUGUGGGACCUGGAGUCUGGGGACGAGGUCAAAGUGCUCCGGGGACACCAGGAUCAGAUAUUUGGGAUGGCAUGGAGUCCGGAUGGUAAACUCCUGGCCACGGUGUGUAAGGAUGGGAAAUUGCGCAUCUACGACCCUCGCAAGUCUGCUGACCCAGUACAGGAGGGUGCAGGUCCUGAGGGCCACAGGGGGGCUCGUGUGGUGUGGGUGUGUGACGGCAAAUACCUGAUGGUGUCAGGAUUUGACAGUCGCAGUGAGAGAACCCUGUACCUGCACUCCGCUGAGUCCCUGUCCUCCGGGGCCAUCGCCAGCGCCCCCACUGAUGUCUCGCCCUCCACCCUCAUUCCCUUCUACGACCCUGACACCAGCGUCGUCAUCCUCACCGGAAAGGGUGACACGCGAGUGUACAUAUUUGAGAUAGUGCCAGAGGCUCCCUAUUUCCUGGAAUGUGCCAGCUUCAACUCCUCAGAGCCCCACAAGGGCUUGACCUUCCUGCCGAAGACUGAGUGUGUGGUGCAAGAUGUGGAGGUGGCCAGGGGUCUGAGGCUCAGUAAGACCUCCAUAGAGCCAGUGGCCUUCAGAGUCCCCCGCGUCAGAAAAGAGUUCUUCCAGGAUGAUGUGUACCCAGACACAGCAGUGUGGUGGGAGUCCUCUCUGACAGCCUCAGCCUGGCUGGCUGGUUGUGAUGGGAAGCAUCGCUCCAUCAGCCUCAAGCCCAAAGACAUGACCCCAGUGAGUGAGGCACCCAAGGAGGUCCAAGUGAGAAAGUACCUGCCAUCCUCUCACUACCUGGAGGAGAAGACUGACGAGCAGAAGAAAGAUGAGCUGUUGAGUGCCAUGAUAGGCAAGCUGGGGAACAUGGAUGACAACCCUCUACCACAGGAGUCCUUCCAGGGAGUAGAAGACGAUGAGUGGGGUGACUAGUGUGUGUUGCCUUGCGGACCAGUCAGGGUGCCAGCAGUAACUAAGGGGCCUGCUGGACUUAAACUUGCCAUUCCUGCGUGCCACUGAUGCAUCCUAUGUCAAAAAAACAUCUCCCAAACACCUAACAUUAAACCUCCCAUUAGGGUUGCAAAAUUCCAUAAACUUUCCCCAAAUUCCUAGGUUUUCCAGAAAUCCCAGUUGGAGAAUUCCUGGACUUGUGCAACCCUACCGCCCAUAUCCCCAUAUCAUCCUCUAAUACUCUGAAUAAGUAGACGUUGCCUUUAACCAUUGGCUGAUCUAGGAUCAGAUAUGUUUUCCUCCCCAUAAUGGUUAAAGUUAGGAUUGGAGGUUGGGAAUCUGAUCCUAGAUCUGUGGUUAAAGGCAACCUUACCUCAAUUCGACCUUUGACUUGCAGCUGCCUUGUACUGUAAAUAGCUAACAUUCCUACUAGGCUAGAUAGUUACAUGACUCCCAACACUUCCUUACAACCCAGCCCUUACCUCCACACUGGAUGGACACCUGUGUGUCUGUCUGUAUGUUACCACUCCUAACCUUACACCUGUGUCAUAAUAAUAAUGACUAGACCACUGCUUGCUUUUUUAUGGGCCAAUAUGAACCGAACUCCAUAAUCUUUGAAACACAGUAACUAUAGAAAAACUAAAACGCAUGCUCUUGAAUACAGUAUCUAUGGUCUUCCAGAUUUACCACCUCCUAUGCAUCACUAUAUAUUGACAGACACAAACACACACACACACACACACAUAGACUCACACUCACUCACUCACUCACUCACUCUCCACCUCUGCACCUGGAUAUCCCAUCUGCACCUCCAGCUCCUGUAGUCCGUGGAUGUUAGAUGGUCAGUGAUAUCCCCAUACGGUCUCAACAAGCACACAGCAAAGAAACACAGACAGGGUACAACAGGGUAAAUAGCCUUCAGGUUAAAGCAUGACUUUGAUUUCUAUUGAUAGAAAUAUAAUAUUAUUUUGUUGUUUAGGUAGCUUCAUUCUCUGGCCAGUGAUAAAGAACUACUAGCAGUCCAGUACCACUCCAGCGUCGUGUUCAUUAGUCACCAAACGGAAGAAAACAACCUCAAACAGGGACGGAUUACUUGGACUUGUCCAAUAAGAAACACUUAUUUUUGUUUUCAGUUGCAAAGCGUUUCAAAACGUUUUCCAUUGCGUGCCCUAAUGAAUGCGACCCAGGUGCAUAUCUUAGUUCCGCCAGCUGAUCUUGGGAGAUAGUGUAUAGCAUUGGGGCUGUGCUCUGUUUUGGGGGACUCUUAAAUAUAUGUGACGUUCUUACAUGUGGGUGUCAUGUAUUGAAAAGCCAAAACACCUUCUGUGGGAGUUCUACAGGAGUGUGUCUGUGCAUCUCUGAGGUUGUAAUAUGGUGGAGAGCAGUAUGUAUCUGUACGUUUCUUUCUAGAUCGAUAGACUGUAUAACUGGAAUUCCUGUACCUCAUAUGUUAACACUUGGUCUUAAGACUGUUAUUGAAGUAUUCCUCACUAAAGGAGCUCAUUCUUUUAUUAUACUGUAGUAAACAAUCAUUCUGUUUAUUUUUCUUGAAAACGUACAGUAUUAAUACUAUAUGAUGCAAUCACAGCAGCCAUGAUCAAGGCUAGUACAGCACAAGGCAAUACUUUUAAUAGGCUAAUCCAAGUCUGAUCGAACCAAUCAUGUUGUUCACAAUGACAGAAAGACUGGAACCAACCAACCAACCUUGAAUGGUAGUCAGACUCACUGAGUUUACACAGGCAGUCCAAUUCUGAUUAUUUUGCCACUAAUUGGUCUUUAAACCAAUCAGAUCAGAGCUUUUUGCCAAUACUUGGGCAAAAUAUCAGAAUUGGGCUGCCUGUGUAAACGCAGCCAUUGUGUAGUACUUGAAAAGUGAACACUGCAUUGACUGUAGGGCCUAGAUAUUGUUGGUGUCAGUGACUGUGUGUGUCAUGUGUUUUGUGCCUGCAAUCUCUCAAAUGUCUUACAUUGUUCUUUGGGAUAUUAACAAAAAGAAAAAUCUGUUCUUUUUUUUAAAUACUUUGAAUAAUGCAUUAUUUCUCUGUCCAUCUUAUGAAUAAUGGUUUUGUGGGAAUGUUCAUGUUGCCUUGCAAUAAACAACUUUUUCAACCUUGUA